CAUUAAGGGCGAUGACACACGGAGCGGUUUUGACCGAAGCGUUUAUCGCGAGAAAAAUCGAGGUGGUGAGUCGUUCAUUGUUGUUGCAUUAACCUGACAGACAUAGCGGUCGUAACCGCCUGUCGGUUUUCAAACCGAGUCGGUCGGUGGCGGAGACGACCCAACGCGUCGGUUUUGAAAACGCCAGGCGGUGAGUGGUACCCAAGUAUUGCAUCAGCCCUGACACACGUGGCGUUUAUUUGAGCUGUUCGUACCCCACUUUCUUGAAAGGUUGUUUGUUUGUCAGUCUUCUAAUUUACUUGACGGAGACUGCGCCAAAAAAAACGCGGGUUUUCCCAUUCACGAACGCGCCAUGCCGUCGUCGCGGCGUAGAUAUUUGGAGUGUCGCGAUGGAGUUUGGAACGACGUGGUUUUUCGAACGACGUCGCUCCGUUUGGACUGCUAGGAGCGAUCGUGAAAAGCAAUAUUGAUGGAAAAAAAUUGGUGGUUGAACGACUGUUGUUUCUGCUUCCAGUAACAGAAGUACGGAUGUUGAUGCGAACGCAACAAAGACGCAGCAACGGGCGCCGCGCCGGCCCAUUGUCGAUGAUAACAGGCGAGCCUUGUAAACCUCUCAGCUUCCCCAGAUCUUCGUAACCUUAGAACUUUUUCUGUUUUUAUUCCUUCUGGACAAAAGAUCACAACCUCAAUUUAUCAUUACAUCCUAUUCUGGCAUUCAACUAUGGACAAAUUGCAAGGAGCAUUUCGAAGAGGUAGCAGCAUUUUGAAAUCUAUGAAAUCGGGUCAUGAAGAUCUUCACAAAAUCAUUUCAGACCUUGAUCACUUAAAAUACACCCAUGAAAGUUUUACAAACGCUCAAAAUACGACAUGGGAAAACAUGUCGAAAUGGGCUUGCAAGGAGAAGAAUAGUGCUAUGACAGAUACAUUUCAGCACCUUUUCCAGUUAAAUUGCCUUUGGUCAGAAGUCCAACGAGAAUAUAUUGAAAGCAUAAAAAAAUUGAAAAUGCAGUUUAAAAAGAUAUUACAGUCAGAACUGGACUUAGAUAAAUCUAAGGCCCAUUUGAAGCACUUACAACAAAAAGAAUCCGAGUUUGUUAGAAAAGCUAGCCAAUGCCCUCAGGAAGCAGCUGCUGAAAAAAUCCAAAUUCUUGCCAAUCAAGUUCAAACUUCACAUACUGAAGUCAACAGAAAAGUUGUGGAGAAUGAAAAUACUAAAGUGAUUGCAACCAAAGACGGAUUAGAUGAGAUAUCUCAAUCAUACAUUCAGAUGGUCGAUAAAAAUAGUAUAAUUGCACGAGCACAGUAUGACAUUGUUAAGAUUUUGCCCAAUUUUAGAAACCAAGAACUUCAAAAUGUCCGUUUUCCAGGUUCAGCAGAAAUCAGGAAUAUUGUCCACAUGGCUAAGCAGAAUAUUAUACUUUACAAGCCUUACUUCCAUAAUACAAGUUCUCCUCCCCCUCCUUAUGCUGUAGUUGCAAAUCAAAAUUCAAGCAGGUCUUCACUUGAAAACAGCUAUAACUCACUUUCACCAGUGCCAGGUGUAUGACGAUUUUUUAGUUCUAUGUGCUUGAUGACGAUGUAUUAACUUGCAAGUAGUAUUUUUUAUUUUAAUGCAAUGUUCUGCUUGCUUGUUAACACACAUAAAAUUAAACUCUAAAUUUUAUGUUUUAUUUGUAUGACAUGACAUCAAUAUCAUAUAUGAUUCUCUAUUUUUUCACAUUUAUAAUUUAACAAAGCUCUAAUAUUACUGUGAUAUUUCAUAUUUAAAUAUGCAAUAAUUAUUUUCAAGUUAUUUGCUUUUACUUGUACAACUGAUGGAUUAUUAGCACUUAAGAUGACAAAUUUUUAUAGAAUCUAAAAGAUUAUUAGUAAAUUGAUGUGAUUUCAUUUAGUACUGAAAAUAGUGAAUUGCUUAAGAAUACAUCAAAUACACUUCCUGUUUUAAAACUGUUUAGUUAAUCAUUAGUGUAAGUAAAUUGUACAUAAAGAUGUAACCAUUUACAAUUUGUACAAAAUAUUUGUAAUAAAACACUUUAAUAAAAAUUAUCCCUAUUUUAAAAAAACGUAACUGCAUAUCAAUUUGAAUUGUAAAUAUUAGUAAUAAACUGAACUGGUGGUAAA